ACUACACUACAGCCCAUCAUGGCGGCGUCCACUCGACUCAUAUCCAGGUUGACGUUAGUCACGGGAGGUGGCAGUGGUAUUGGCAGGGCAGUCUGUCAGAGAUUCGCCACUGAAGGUGCUUCUGUAGUAGUUGCUGACCGCAAUGAGGAAUCAGCCAAUCAGACGCUGGAACUGCUGUCACGUGAGCACAGAGGUCAAGAGCACAUGGCCCUUGGGGUGGACGUGUCUUCAAAGGACAGUGUGGAGAAGCUGGUGACCAGCAUACAGCGCCGCUACUUCCAGCCUCCAUCAGUGUGUGUGAAUGCUGCCGGCAUCACUCAGGAUGAAUUCAUCCUCAAGAUGGAGGAAGACGACUUUGACAAAGUCAUUAAAGUCAAUCUUAAGGGCACAUUUCUGGUGACUCAGGCAGUCUCGAAGGCUUUAGUCUCUGCAGGGUCAGUGAAGGGCUCCAUAAUUACAGUGGGCAGUAUCGUGGGCAAGGUUGGGAAUAUUGGCCAGGUGAAUUACGCCUCUUCUAAAGCAGGAGUACAGGGACUCACUCGCACCGCCGCCAAAGAGCUGAGCAAGUUUGGUAUUCGCUGUAACUGUGUGCUGCCGGGGUUCAUCACUACACCCAUGACUGAUAAAGUCCCAGAGAAAGUCAUCGAUAAAAUCACAUCUAUUAUUCCACUGGGAAGAAUGGGAGAGCCUGCUGAAGUAGCUGACGCCUGUGCGUUUCUGGCUUCUGAUGACAGCCGAUAUAUCACCGGAGUCAGCAUUGAAGUUGCUGGCGGACUCUUCAUUGGCUGAAAACAGACUGUUGAAUGUGACUCAAUCGUGCCUUUACCUCAGUCAGAGUGUGUAAAUUGUAUUUUAAUUGCUGUAAAAACUGCGUACACAAUAUAACAAAUGAAAAAAAUAAACUCUAUAUUUAUACAACU